CCCCGCGACAACUGUCACGCAGCCGCGGCCCCGCCCCCGACACGCGCCGCCAAUCAGGGGGCUGCGUUCCCGGUCUCGCGCACGCGCGCUCAGGGCGGUGCAGCCUGGGCGGAGCCCCGCCCUGUACGCUCGCCGGCCACAGAUUGGUGCGCUCACUUACCCGCCUCCUACGGCAGGACCAGUAAGCGGAUAGCGGAGGCCUGGCGCCCGCUGUGAUUGGCCAAUUUUAAAAGCCCCUGCCAGGCUGGCCGAGCGGCAAAAUGUUCGCGCUGCUGGUCCGGCGCUGGCGGUGCUUGGGCUUUGUGUCCACCAGGACAGCGGGCCGGGCUCCCUGCACGCGCGGGCGGCGCCGAACGGCGCUCAGCAACCACCCGGACAGGACCAGGCCGUUUUCUCCCGCUCAGGCAUUAGUCGUUGGCUGUGGGCCGCCGCGGGAAGUUGAGGCCUACCACGGAGGAGGCUGCUGAGGUGGAUCUCAGGGGAUCCGCAAGGGCUCCCUCACCCUUGCCGGGACCCUGGGAACCCGAAACAAAAUCCUACGCCACCAGCCCGCCGAAUGCGCCCCCUCGGCCGGGGGUCCUGGGUCUUCAGAGAAGAACUCGGCCGAAUGCGGUCAGAAAGCCCGCGAACCGCCUGGACCUGCAGGCCCCGCCGCUUGGAGCUCCCGCCUUUCCCGACCGAGCCCGUGUCUGCUUGUGUGUCUCACUGAUGUCUUAGGUCUCAAAAAAAAGAAAAGGUUUUUAGUAGACAGAAGAGAAAUGGGGCCGUGGGUUCGUGGUCCCAGGGGGAAACUGACGUCGCAUGAGGUCGUCGUCCCUCAGCUUGAGCUCAGCGGAACAUGAGCUUGCAGAGGUGGAAACCACGGAAGGUUUGGGUGUCUUGGAGCUCUCUGGACACCGAAGCCCGGACACAGUCCCGGGGUCCGCACCGCCUGUGACCUGCGGCGGGACCGCCGGGGUGGGCGUUUUCUCAGCUGGCGCGCGCACAGUCUCGCUGCGACGCCCAGGCUAUAGCGCAAUGGCGCGAUCUCGGCUCGCUGCAACCUCCCUCAGGAAGCCGUGGAAGCUCGACCGCCAGAAACUUCCUUCUCCUGACUCAGGCCACAGUCUUCUGUGUGGCUGGUCUCCAGGAGGUAAGGCCCGCCCUGCAGGCUACACCGGUGCUUGGGCUCCUGCUGAACAGUUCUUUCCCGCAAGUAACAGAACCAGAGGAGGUGGGCUGCGGCCUCCCCUGCCCCUACAGUCAUCUCCUGCAGCUCCCACCAUGCUGGACUCAUCAGCAGCAGAGCAAGUGACCCAACUGACGCUGAAGCUCUUGGGACAGAAGCUGGAGCAAGAACGGCAGAACAUGGAAGGGGGACCUGAGGGCCUCCACCUCGAGCCAGGAAAUGAGGACCGGGCGGACGAUGCCCUGCAGACUGCUCUGAAGAGAAGGAGGGACCUUCUGCAGAGACUCCGGGAACAACACCUCCUGGACGAGCUCUCUCGGGCCCAGGCCUGGAGCGGGCCGAGCAGAGGAGCCCUUGGGUCAGCCCUGCCCCCAGAGCUGCCCCCGACGGGCAUCCUACCCACUGCCUCCCCAUCCCCGCUGGCCCCAGACCCGCCAAGGAUCAUCCUGCCUACGGUCCCCCAGCCUCCUGCCACCAUCAUUCAGCAGCUCCCUCAGCAGCCACUCAUAGCACAGAUUCCUCCUCCCCAGGUCUUCCCUACUCAACGGUCAGGAAGUAUUAAGGAAGACAUGGUGGAGCUGCUGCUGCUGCAGAACGCGCAGGUGCACCAGUUGGUCCUGCAGAACUGGAUGCUCAAGGCCCUGCCCCCAGCCCUGCAGGACUCGCCACAUGUGCCCCCGGGGGUCCCACGAGCUGCCAGGCCAAGGCUGCCUGCCGUGCACCACCACCAUCACCACCACCAUGCUGUGUGGCCACCUGGGGCCGCCACUGUCCUCCAGCCUGCCCCCAGCCUGUGGACGCCCGGCCCACCCUGAGUGGCGGCGCCGGCCCACCUGGGAGCCUCAGGUCCCCCUCUUCCAUCACGGAGGUAAAGUUGAGGCCGUGGACGCCACCAGCCUGACGAUCCUGAAAUAAAGAUUUCAUCCAGAAAGAGUUUAAGAAAAUCUCAGCUCAGGAGCCAGAACAGAAAAGAUCAAUAGCUUUAGCCACAUGGAAGUGUGAACAUCCUGAUGGGGAAAAUACCACAAAGUCUAAUUUAAUAACUAGGGACACCUGUUUGCCACAGCUGUGGCACUGACUCCCCUAAAGAAGUAGGGGUGCAUGGCUCAUGCCUGUAAUCCCAGCACUUUAAGAGGCUGAGGCGGGAGGAUCACUUGAGCUCAGGAAUUCGAGACCAGCCUGGGUCACAUAGCAAGACCCUGUCUCUACAAAAAAUAAAUUUAAAAAACUAGCCAGGUGUGGUGAUAUGCGCCUGUGAUCUCAGCAGCUCUGGGGGCUGAGGUGGGAGGAUUGCUUGAGCCCAGGAGUUAGAAGCUGCAGUGAGCUCUGAUGGAACCACUGCACUAUAGCCUGGACCACAGAGCAGGCCCCUGUCUCAAAAAAUAAAAUAAAAAUGAAAGAA